AUGUACACAUGUGGUUCAGAGCUCGUUGUUGAAAGCGUUGCGGACUUGAGAGAUUUGGGAAGUGUUAAACGCGUAAUAAAAACUGCCAUUAUGAGCAAGCAGGUGGAAUUGGCUGAUUUCCUAUCAGAACUCAUCACAAAGGCCUGCAUUUCUAUUCUCCCUCACAAGUCACACUUCAACGUGGACAACGUUCGCGUUUUAAAAAUCCUGGUAAGUACUGAAUCCCUUGUUUUUGUCGGUGAUUUCGCGGAUUUAUUGACCGGAAGAUCCGUAGUUCGAACCCGACCUCUGCCUCCCAACUUCCCCUGUCUAGGCUUGGGUAACUUGACAGUAUCCCAGCCCUCGUGCUUCCUUCCCGUGACAUGGCAGCUAGGCACCAAAAGGGUGCUACAGCUGAACGAUUUCGAUUUUUUUGUAUUCAAGGCUUGGUGGUUUGUUGGGUCUGGAAAUCGCAUAUGUCCCAUCGACAUCAAACACUCUGGUCUUUCGUAUACCUUUCACGUAGAGGCCAGGUGUGAGCUGUUGCGAGCGAUCCGCAGUCGAACAAUUAGAAAGCGAAUGUUCGGUCAUACAACAAGGACAUUAAUAUAA